GCCCGCGCGGGGCGAGGCCGAGGGCGUUGCUGCUGUCCCGUCGCUGUGGUAACCGCUGGGAAGCCCUCGCGCCGUAAAAGAGUAGGGCGCAGGCGCGAGGCCGGGUGCAGGCGCGCUGACGGUUAGAUGGCGCAUUACAAGGCCGCGGACUCCAAGCGGGAGCAGUUCCGCCGGUACCUGGAGAAGUCGGGGGUGCUGGACACGCUCACCAAGGUGUUGGUAGCCUUAUAUGAAGAGCCAGAGAAACCAAAUAGUGCACUGGACUUUCUGAAGCAUCAUCUGGGAGCAUCAGCUCCUGAGAAUCCAGAAAUAGAGGCACUUCGCUUGGAAGUGGCAGAGAUGAAAGAAAAAUACGAAGCUGUGUUGGAAGAAAAUAAAAAACUGAAAACCAAGCUGGCUCAGUAUGAACCACCUCAAGACGAGAAGCAUGGUGAAUAACAGUAGUUUCUCCUUUAAUGCCUUGACUUAAUAAAGGGCUUCCUGAGA